ACUUUAACCACUUUUUCAAACUUCUCGCCCCAUGCAGGUCAGUCAGUCAUCUACAACGUAGGGCCAGGCACAUUUAUGCAUCAGCCCAUGUUGCCAUACCGCAAUAGCACAGCAAGAUGAACACCAAAUUCAGAGAAGUGGUUAAGUCAGUGGUAAUAUAUAGAAGAAAGAUUGCAUAUGAAAUUAUAGUAUACCCCAUGCAGCAUCAAUCAAAACGGUACGUCUUAGUUGAUGAAAAGGAGAAGGAACGAAUUCUACUCAUCCCUGGCAAAUGGCUGCUGAGCGACGAGCUGUUCGUCUACUUUGAUGAUGUGACUGAAAAUGAUGUUAUUAAUUGCAUCGAUUACGAUAAUCGCUUUUCUUCGAGAAAAUGCUGUGUACAUAGUUUUUAUGAUGACUACGAAAAUGCCAAGUUUUAUCGAACAAUUUAUAAUAUGGGACGAUAUUACAAACUAAAGUGUUCAUACGAGGAUGAAAUGUCGGCGCAUUUUGCAGAGAAGGCAAAGUUAUCGAAACCAGAGGAUUCCUCAUUAUCGUUGCACAAUGAUGACACCAAAAUGAUUCUGAAAGCAAUCAAUGAUCUCUCCGACAAGGUAAACAAACUGACUGCUUACAUCGAAUGCUCAUACAUGCGUAUGGAGGGCAGGUACGGUGACAGCAUAGAUGUUUCAAGUUUCUCAUUCCCAUUAAAGACAGUUGAGGAAAUGCGUACUCUCGAAGCUGCUUUGGAGGGAAGCAAGUUUCGUGAACAGUUCGUUGCCAGAUUAUUCGAGAUCGUACGUAGUGAUCUCAAAAGUUCUGCCAGAGCAUGUCUAAAUUACGUGCUGACGCGUAGACUAGCCAAUGACUUAUAUUGGGCUCCAGGUAUUAUGAAUAUCAGUACGUACAUGUUCUACAGGUCAAUUUUAAAUGUUCUGUGUUCACAGUUUCGGAGUGAAUACUGCCCAGAAAGAACAGUGGUGAAAACCAUGGAAUUUGAAAGCCGGGUUUUUCUAGAACGUGGUAGACAUAACAUAAAUGAACGGCCAUUCAAAUAAAGGCUGGCUUCGCAUGUGUUGACAGAUCUAACUAACACUGGAUGAAAGUUCAACAUCAUCUUAACGUACUUAUCCAAAACACAUGAUCAAUUGUUAAGAAUUAGAAGAACUUGUGUAAUAAUGGACAAUUUGUAAUUUAUUUAAUUUUAAUAAACUUUUUCAUGUAUAACGUAUCAGUCUUUUAAUUACGGCAAUGCUGAUUUAUCGCGGCAGAGCGGUUCUUGUUACAAAUUAUCAUUGAAUUGCUCAGGUACUGCGUUCACUGUGCGAAGUUAACAGGAAAAAUGUGGAAUGGGUGAUUAGAAGCUUUUGGGCACAUAAUAUUAAAUCACCAGGCUGUGCUACCGAUAACUUUACUGUUUUCUGAAUGCGCUAUUUGAGAUAACUGGAAAUCGUGCAGGGCUGUGGCACUGCCUGGGUGUCAAAACCGAAGCAGCUGCCUUUCUUAAAGGGCCACACCCGGAGCCUUAAGCACAAACGUCUGAUCCACAGGGCACUGGGGCAUCGUAAGAAGAUGCGGUACCAUGGUAACCUGUGACCAAGUAUAUAUAUAU